AUGAAUGAGUUAUCACUAUUAAAUUUAGAAUUAAGUGAUGAGGAAAUAGCUCAGUUUGUUUCAGGAGAAAGAGAAGGAAUAAAAAUGAUAAAAUUAAAAUUAUUUCAUGAUAUGAUAAUAGAAAAAUCAUUAUCAGAAAUACCAUUCCAAAAGUUUUUCGAAUGCUAUUCAGAUUUAAAUAAACACUUGGAUACAAAAUCAUUUUUAUCAUAUAUUUAUUCAAAUGUUUUCCCAACUCUAUCAGAAAGAAUAAAAAGCGAUUUUCAAUUAAUAUGCAAAGAAAGACAGAUUUCAAUAAAAUUAAGCGAAUUAGAACAGUUACAUAGAGAGCAGCCACUUUUGCAAAAUGGUAAAAGGGCACCACCAUUUUGUGUGGUAAAUCCAGAGGAACAAAUUAAAACACAAAUUUCGGAAUUAAAGCUUCAAGAAAAAGGAAGAUUAUUAUCAAUUUAUCAAAAUUUAUUAAAUGAAAACAAUAAAUCAAAAAAACAGGUUGAAGAUUUAGAAAAACAAAAAAAUUUAUUAAUUCAAAAAAUCAAUUCGAAAAUAGAUAAUGUUUCAAAAUUAGUAGAACUUUCAGUCUCGUUGGAUACAUAG